AUGAGUUCAUGGGAUAGAGAAGGAGAGGCGGAAUUCGAUGCAAUGAGGAAGGAGGUGUCGGGAGACGAGAAGCUUGAGUGUGUGAUGGAGACUGACUAUGAGAUAUCUCCGAAUGUCAAGAAUUACUUCGAGCGUGUCGAUUGGUACUCGGAGUCCAACAACUUGGAUGCCUCCUAUGCAAACAGUGAUAGUUCCAGCAACUAA